AUGUCGGACCCAAAGCCUGUUGAAAUCCCCGUAGCUGAGCCUAAGGGCGAAGCUGUGGAAGCUACCGAGCCCGAGAUCCGCGCUCCUGCCACCGAAAACACCGACAAGGAUGUUGCGCCCAAGGCAGAUGAACCUACCAAGGACGAAACACCCAAGCUUGAGGAGCCUGCCCAGGAAGCUAUCUCUGCUCCCGCCGCUCCUGCUGCGGCCCCGGAAUCCGAAGCCAAGCUUGAGGAGCAGAAGCCUCAGAAGCCCGCAUACCUGACUAAUAUCCCGUCCCUCGAACAAUUCUUCGACCACCUUCCCGAGCUUCUCAGCAAGACUGGCUAUGAAGAGAUGUGGGGUGUUUCAUUGAAAAACAGCGAGGAUAUUCCGACCGUCAAUGUGCUGAUCAAGUUCCUGCGCGCCAACGAGGGUGAUCUCCAGGCAGCGGAGGAGCAGCUUCGCAAAGCUCUUGAAUGGCGCAAGGAGACCAAGCCCCUCGAGCUAGUUGAGUCUGGUCGCUACAGUGCGAGUAAGUUCGGUGGCCUGGGCUACCUUACUACUUACGAAGAGGAUGGUCGUCCUUUGGUGUUCACCUGGAACAUCUACGGGGCCGUGAAGGAUAUGACUGCCACUUUUGCGGAUGCUGAUGAGUUCGUCAAGUGGCGUGCUGCGCUGAUGGAGAUGGCAGUGCAGGAUCUCAACAUGAAGAACGCAACCUCUGUCAUUGACUACGAUGGCGAAAAUGAUCCCUACCAGAUGAUCCAGGUCCACGACUACCUCAAUGUGAAGUUCUUCCGCAUGGACCCCGCCGUUCGUACUGCGAGUAAGAAGGUAAUCGAUGUCUUCUCUACCGCCUACCCUGAGCUGUUGCGCGAGAAGUUCUUCAUCAAUGUUCCAUCUAUCAUGGGCUGGAUGUUCUCUGCCAUGAAGCUCAUUCUGAGCCGUAACACCACUCGGAAAUUCCACCCCAUCAGUAAUGGUGCCAACUUGGCUCGUGAGUUCACUCCUGCCUUGUCGGAGAAGAUCCCCAAGGCCUACGGUGGAAAGGGAGCGGAUCUGAAGGAUGAGGGUCGGACAGUUCCACUAAUUGAAGACGAGGAAGAGAAGGAGGAAACCAAGCCUACUAAAGCUGCCAAAGAGACUACAUUCCCAGAGACCCCUGCCCAAACCGAGGAGCCAACCAAGACUGAGGAAGCGGCCAAGGCUGGGCCCGCUCGGAGGGCUAACAUGGAGGAAGUGAAGGAAGGGUCAAACUAA